GAUAGCUAAGCUACUGGAGCUAAGCUGUUGUGUCGUACUAGCUAGCACAGAUCACAUUAGCUCCACUAGUUUAGCUAAUGGAGCUAAGCUGCUGUUUGGUGGCUAAGCUUAUCCAUUGUCAAAAAACACCGACAUGCAUGGAAGCAAACAAAAAAACACUUAACAGUUAAUCUACAUUUUAUUCAGCAUGAACUAAUGAACAGAAAUGACCUUGUAAUUCUGGCAUUUCAAACCCAGGAUUAACUUGCACACUACUGUAGCCUCACAAACUACAUAUCAUAUCAUCAAACUACAGGAGUCUGGUGACAAUGGCACAGGUAGAGCCAUUCUCUUAUUGAAGCAUAGUAUCGGUAGCGAACAGUUUUGCAUAUUAGUUAUAAUCACAUUUAGUCACUUUUAUCCUUCUUAGUUUUAGUCUAGUUUUCCCUGAUGAAAACUAAUUGCAUUUUAGUCUAUUUUUGUCACAUUAAACUCCUUUUCUUCCCUUCUCCGGCCCAGGGACCCUGUGUUGUGUCUACAGCUGCAUAAUAGUCUAGCUUGCAGCACUUAGGUUGACCAUUAGAUAUCCCUCCUAGCAUAGGUCUAUAGCAGGGGUUGGCAACCUUUACUAUCAAAUGGGCCAUUUUGCCCCCUCUUCCCCCAAAUAAAAUUUGUCACGAGUCCCAAUAAAUAUUUGAUAACAGAGCUAAUAAAGUUUUAUGUAAAGUUAUACUUGACUAAACUAUAGUUUGUUGCAUUUAUGACAUUUUAGAACAACAAUAAAGAAAACUGUUGACAUUUUAUUGCUAUUUUUACCUGUUACAAGAAAGGAAAACACUGAACGGAGUCCAUCUGUCAACCAUGGGAUCUAGAGCACAUGUGUCAAUCUCAAGGCCCGCGGGCCAAAUGUGGCCCGCCACCUUGUUUUAUGUGGCCCGCGAGAGCUGGUGCAUUAUUGUCUGAAAAUAAGUUCACUGUAUGCUGCUUAAAAGCGCACGUUGACCGUAAACUACAUCUCCCACAAUGCAUUUCGACGCGCCCGUCAAGGAAACAGUCGCCCUGCAGUAACCCCGCUAUGCGUUCAAUACACCGGUGGAAAGGAGAAAGUUAACAAAACCCCAACAUGUCCAAGAAGAGAAAGAUUGAUGCACAAGAAAGGCUGUUUCACGAACGAUGGGAAAACGAAUACCUGUUUGUACUUCAAGGUGAAAAACCGGUAUGUCUUGUAUGUUAUGAGGCGGUGUCGGUCGUAAAAGAAUAUAAUCUACGUCGGCAUUUUGACACCAAACACGGAGCUCAGUAUGCUAAAUUCAGCCUCCAAGAAAAACAAGGAAUAGCAGCAGAAUUAAAAGGCAGACUGCAGUCGCAGCAGGAUGUGUUCAGAAAAGCUACGGGCAAAAACGAUGCAGCAGUGAAAGCCAGCUUUAUCGUGGCCGAAGAAAUCGCCCGAGCUUCAAAGUCUUUUUCAGAGGGUGCAUUUUUUAAGCAGUGCAUGCUGAAGGUGUGUGAGCAGGUGUGCCCCGACCAGAUACAGACUUUUAAAAAUGUCAGUUUGUCAAGAAACACCAUCGUGGACCGAGUUAAGGAACUGGCAGGAAAUCUCUCAACACAGCUGGCUGAAGAGACACGGAGCUGUCUAGCUUUUUCAUUAGCUGUGGAUGAAAGCACAGACAACGUGGAUACAGCGCAGUUAUCCAUUUUUAUUAGAGGAGUGAAGCCGGACCUCUCUGUCCUCGAAGAGCUGUUGGAUGUAGCCGCCAUGCAUGGGACCACAACGGGUCGGGACAUUUUUGAGGCAGUGGAGAAGUCCGUAAGUAAGCAUAAAUUGCCGUGGGAAAAGUUGGUGGGACUAACUACAGAUGGAGCACCUGCGAUGCGUGGAGGAAAAUCAGGCUUGGUUGGACGAGUGAAGGAGAAAUUGCAAGAAAGUAACUGUCACACGCCCCUGAUAACCUAUCACUGCAUUAUCCAUCAAGAAGCUCUGUGUGGAAAGGUUCUGGAGCUGGAUAAUAUAAUGACCACGGUCAUGAAAACAGUGAACUUUAUUCGAGCGCGCGGCCUGAAUCACCGGCAGUUCCAGCUGCUCUUGCAGGAGAUGGGCUCGGAGCACGGAGAUGUGCCGUACCACACAGAAGUAAGGUGGCUGAGCAGGAGCAAAGUCCUCAAACGAUUUUUUGAGCUGAGGGAAGAAAUUGGUUUUUUCAUGCAGAGCAAAGGAAAACCGUUGCCUGAACUAUCAGAUCCAAACUGGCUGUGUGACUUUGCUAUGUUGUGCGACAUAACCGUGCAUCUCGCUCAUCUGAAUGAGAAACUCCAGGGACGUAAACAAGUCAUCACACAGAUGUCCGACAUGAUCACAGCUUUCCAGCGAAAACUCGAUCUAUGGAAGUGUCAGGUGGAACAGGACAAUCUCGCCCACUUUCCUGUUUGUCAAAGCAUCUCAGCCUCCAUUCCCGGUGCUUUUUCAUGUUCUCGGUUGGCUACCAAACUGAACCGGUUAAUGUGUGAGUUUGAUCUGCGCUUCUCUGACUUUAAAGCGCAGCAAUCUGGUUUUGACAUUUUUACAAAUCCUUUCACCACUGACGUCUGUAGUGCACCCCAUCACCUUCAGAUGGAGUUAAUUGAGCUUCAAAGUGACAGUGGCCUGAGAGCAAAGUUCCAGGAUUCUGCAAUCGAGGACUUUUACCGUCUCCUGCCCCCUGGUUUGAUGCCACAGCUCCGACUUCAUGCUGCUCGUGUUCUGUCCAUGUUUGGGAGCAGCUAUCUGUGCGAACAGAUGUUUUCAAUAAUGAAUGUAAACAAGACCAAGCACAGAUCACGCAUCACCGAUGACAACCUGCACGCUGUUUUGCGGAUUGCCUCAGCACAAGACCUAAAACCAGACAUUGACACCCUGACCAACGGAAAACGGUGCCAGACAUCCGGCCAGAAAAAAUAGAACAUGAUGAUCAAGAUGAAUGAGGAUGUGUGAGAUGGCGUCUCAGGAUGAGGAGGGAUCUACUUGUGUGUUCAAGGACAGGCAGCAUUUUGUUUUGAAAAAUGCUGCUUCUUUCAUAUGUUGGUUGUGCCAUAGUCCUACCCCCCUUUGACUUGAAUACAUAAUAAAUACAGAAACAGUUAUCUAACAAUAUAAUAA